AUGGAGCUGAUACAGUGUCUUCGUGACUUGCUCCUUCUCCACCUUCAUCUCAGUCCCAUGGCAACCCCAACGCGCCUCCUCCCUCUCCUCGUCUCUCUACUCUCGCUAUGCUUCGUCUCAACCGUUAGAUCGGACGAUUGUGUUUACACGCUUUAUAUUCGGACGGGCUCCAUCAUCAAGGGAGGAACCGAUUCAAUAAUUGGGCUCAAGCUCUACGACGCGCUCGGCUACGGUUUAUACAUCAAAAACCUCGAGGCCUGGGGCGGGUUAAUGGAUCCGGGUCACAACUACUUCGAGAGGGGCAACCUCGACAUCUUCAGCGGUAGAGGCCCUUGCUUGGACCGGCCCGUUUGCGCCAUCAAUCUAACUUCGGACGGCUCGGGUCCCCACCACGGCUGGUACGUUAACUACGUGGAGGUCAAUUCCGCUGGGGUCCACGCGCCAUGCUCGCAGCUGCAGUUCACGGUGGAGCAGUGGCUCGCAACCGACACGUCGCCGUAUGAGCUCUGGGCCGCACGCAACUACUGUCAAAAGCCCCUGGGCCAGGCCCGUCCUGAAACCCAGAUCACCAACGUUAUCAGCUCUCGGGAUAGGCCUAGGUCCGGUUUCUCUGUUUCAGCCUCACACGUUGGCGAGUAG